AAACUAAGCGUUCCAAUAGUUUCAGUGUAUUUUUUUUAUUUAAUUUUGUUUUUCUGUAACACUGCCUCCUGAAAAUUAUGGCAAAUGAUGCUGACCACGAGCCGAAUAAGGCGACGACCCAAACGCUGCAGCAAACCAUCCAGCUAAAGUUUGACACCCAAAAUGCUAGCGAGCCAAAAUCAUCCCCCAAUUCGAUGCAGCCAAAAUUAGCAUUGCCACAGCUUAGGAUCCCAAAGCUGAACACAACGAAUAGCAUGAUAUGCGGCCUAACCAUCCCCAAGCUGCGUGGCGCAUCCGGUGAGCCGCUCAAGGAGCGCCAGUUCGAUAUACCAUUGCUCAACCAGCUGCGCAACCAGAACAAUUCCCUGGAAGUCAAUCAUGGGCUGGCGAAGCGCGUAAGUGCGCUGAAGAUCAUCGAACCAGUCGAUGGUGGCCAAGUAACCAAGGUGGCGAUCAACGGCGAGGACAGGGCGACAGCACCAAUCGAUCUGACUACAGCGGUCAUUGCUGUCCAAAAGAAUGCACCGCCUCGCGAGGCGGCGAGCAAACAGCGUCAAAAGCAAUCGACAAUUGUCGAGCAUUUUGAUAUUCCAUUUAUAAGAUGUGAUAGCAAUCGUCUCUACGUUGGCCUGCUCUUUGGGAAGCGACAUCGUUGCAACUCGGACAAAAUGGAACCGCCUACGACUUCAGAACAAAUUAUGGCGAAACCAAGUGAUGUGGGUAGCAUGCUGAGUACAUCCGCUGGAUAUCCGAAGUCAAGGCGGUCACAGCUUAAAUACGCUGCAACCCCAACGGAGUUGCUCCAUCUGGAAAUGUAUUAUCGUGAGGAUUAUGGUCGGAAUAUAAAACGGUUUCGUUUCGAUACCCCAUCGCCCGAUGAACUGGUCAAAGAGUCUCUGAAAAAAUCGUUGCGAAUUUUGCGUACAUAGUCAUAUAAUACUGGUAGUUUGUAGUAAAAUCCGAGAUUCAACAAUUUCGCGAAAUAAAUUCUAAGUAGUCAA